UGUGUGUGUGUGUGUGUGUGUGUGUCCUCAGACUGGAACAUGACGUCCUACGGCUCCCCCUCUCCAGCUGUCCGGGGGGAGGCAGGUCUGGUUCUCCCCAUCGUUCUGCAGCACCUCACCCCCACAUACAUCUCCAUCGUGGGCAUCGGAGCUGUGGCCGCCGCCGUGAUGUCAUCGACUGACUCCGCCCUCCUUUCUGCUGCCUCCAUCUUUACUGCCAACAUCUACAGGAACAUCAUCCGACCACAGGCGUCAGAGGGGGAGAUCCAGUGGGUGAUCCGGCUCUCGGUGGUGGUGGUGGGUUUGGCCGGGACCUCCCUCACCUUCCUGGAUAACAGCGUUCUGAUGAUCUGGCUGCUGCGCUCAGACCUCACGUACACUCUGAUGCUGCCUCAACUCGUCUGCGUGCUUUUCUUCAACAUCUCCAACGGUUACGGCGCCGUUUUGGGUUGUUUUAUCGGCAUGUUGCUGCGGGUGUUGAGUGGCGAACCCCUGCUUAGAAUCCCCGCUUUUAUCAAGUUCCCAGGAGGCAUGGAGGUGGACGGUGUUUUUAUCCAAGGAGCUCCGGUGAGAACCAUCUGCAUGCUGUCCGCCUUGGCGUCCAUUUUGCUGUUUUCAUACCUGUUCUCCGUGCUCUUCAACAAGGAUUGGGUCCCGGAGCGUUGGGACGUGUUUAACGUGAAGGCGCAGUACUCGAUACAAACACAAGAAGAGGUGAAGUCCGACAUUAAGGGGGACAUUAAGGACGACAUUAAGGACGAGACCCUGAAGGAACAGAAUGAGAACAAUGAGGCGUGUGAACCUAUGUUAGAGUCGGCAUGUUAAAGUAGGAAUGUUCAUUUAAAAAACAUAUUUUAUACCAUUUUAAGGACUGGUUUAAGAACAAUUAUUAAAUGUGAAACUACAUUAUUUUAAAAGUACAGUAUAUUUUGAAUUUUUUGUAUACUUUUAUAUACAGUACAAGUGGGAGAAAACACGCACCAAUGUUCUUUUAUGUUAUAUUGAGAGCUUUGCAUUUUCUUUGCCUUUUUAUUUAAUUGAAUGUAUGACAAUUAAGACCCGGGCACUGACAUGUAAAGACACCACCUCCUCUAGGAGGCCCACAGGUGACAAGCAAACUACAACGGUACACAACACUUACAUUAGGAGCAGAAACAAUCAAAUAUAAAAACACAAAUGUUCCACAUGAAGAAACAUCUCCAACAACAACCCGUGCAGCGUUUAGAGAACAU